CGCAUGUUUACCAUCCUACUACAGUAGUGCCCUUACCACCAACACCGCGAGGACUCUCUACAAAGCCUCCCGGCCCUCGCGUAAGAAACACCAACCAUCUACUUCUCCCUAUCUGAUCGGCAGCCAGAUGAACAACUUUUCGAGUCCUACUAAGUUGAAUGAUUAAACAGUUACCACCAUCAUGUCUCGCGACUCCUCCGCAACGUACAUCCACAUGAGCGCCUCCCGCAACGCCGACCUCUUCGAAGAAUUCUGCCGACCCCCAUCUUCCACAACGGGCUUUCCGGGCCUGUCAAACAGCGCGCAUCAUACCGCAACAAACCCCCACCACCCAUACGCACACCCACACCAACAACAACAACCAGCCAACGGAAGCGCAGAUGCGGCAGGCAUGGCCCAGCUACCAGGCCAUUUCAUGCCGUUCGAAGAGAUAGCCCUGCCUUCACACUUGAUGCCCAUGAAUCCAGAGGACGAAGAUGGCGUGGUGCCGGACAUGCAUGCGGCGUUUGGGAUUAAUCGGGCCCUAGGCCAGAAUCAGGGCGGAGGCGGAGGCGGUAUCGGUGGAGGCGGAGGUGGGAGUGGCGGAGCAGCAGGUGGUGUUGGUGGAAGUGGUGGUGCCGUCGAGCCCGGUGGUGAGGCGAGCAAUGCCGGUGUCCAGAGGGAGCCGGCUUGGAGAGAUCUAGGCCUCACGGCGCUGGUGGCUGAUGUGAGGAUUGGUAGUGCGGUUGGGGCGAGGCCGCCGCCUAGAAGAGAGGGGAAAAGAACUGGAGUUUUGCUGUUACGGUGAACCGGGAAGGAAAAGAGAAUGUGUCAGUUGGCAUGGUCGCCAAUUAUGAUAUGGGGACAAACAUCUAAAGCUGACCGGACGAAGCCGCGCAAAGUCUCCUAGCAGCGAAAAUGGGCCUUCUAUUACGGCGCUCACAAACUAUAUCCUCACGACCUCGACUCUUGCACGUUCAAACACCUUGUGCAAAACGGUUCUCUCUGCCUUUUCUUCCUCGCUCAGUAUCCGGGGAGUUACAGUCAUCUGAGAAUACGUCCCUGCCGCUUUCCGUUUCGACAAUUGUCCGGGGUUGAUGAUCAUUACGCCGUCAACGACCUGGAUUUUUGUCAGCAUGGGCAGUUACGACAAGGAAUCUCUCCUACCUUGAUGGAAGGGGUCAAAAUGCUAGGCAAGACGAGCACAUCCGGCUUCACUGCCAUCCAUUCGCCCAGCUUCAGGUAUCCGACAUCCAAACAUGCGCCCGUUGCUUUGACCACCCCGUUACUUGACAGCUUGUCCCGUGACAUGGGCGGGAACAGUGGGAAGAAAUGUCUUUGGUCAAUCAAGAAGCUCGGUAAUCGGGUAAGGAGGUCUGACCCUGCGCCAUGGGACAGCUGUUCUCGGCUCAGUUCGUACAAAAUGUCUUGCGAGGAAAUGCCAAUCACGACUUCGUUCAGGGAGACAUAACAGGGAUUUGGCAGCAUGGUAACUUGCUUUGGCAGAGCAAGAUCCUUCCGCGGAGGUCGCUCUUGGGGCCAGCUGACGUGUUUACUGAUUGCGUCCCGCACGCUGGGGACGAUGAGGACGGUGAUACUCGGCACGGCGGAGCAGAGGCGUUGGAGAGGCCCAGCAAUCCACAGUCGGAAGAGUGCCGCCAUACUCGCUCCCUGGUCUAACCCUCGGAUAUCUGGCAAGUCGAAGUCCCCAGAUGCAAGCAUUGGAUGUUCAAUGUCAAGGAAGGGGCCGGUCAAGAUCAGGGCGUCGACCAUGUUUUCGGCGGCUUUCUGACACAGUUCUUGGAAAGGUUCAAAGUCCAAGUUAUCCUCGGCCGUAUAAGGGCCCGAAGCGAUCAUGAUGUUGAGAGGUGGCGAGGAAGAAUCGGAAUCGUCGGAUACACCGAGUUUCUGGUUGAUAGCUUCAAUUUGGUUUGGAGUGGACGAAGGCAUAGGCAGUCUGGGGGCCGACAAGAUCUCCUUGACUGUAAAGUAGAGUCCGGAGGCAUUCGUGCCUCGUACGGCAACGAUUUGUCCGGGAAAGAAUUGAUAGGAAGGCAACGCGUCGACCUUCAAUGGGACACGAAGCCCAGCACCCAUCCGUCUAGACAUCUCCAGCACCAAGGAAGCCGAAUUUAGUUUCCCUUCUGGAGUGUCGGACGCGAUUCGACCCACGGCAACGAUCUCGCUGGUACUUUGAGCCGCUGCAUUGCCAAAAGCCGACUCGUCCAAGUUAUGGGCUUGUUGGAUCAAUGCCAUGAAAUCGUCGAUUCUGUCGUCCAACACCUCGGAGGAAUCGGACAAGUGCAUCGCCAUAGGCUUAUAUGCAAACUUUUUGAAAUCGGAGCGAAGGAGGAACUGGAGGCGGGCUUCAGAGAAGGGCGCAAUAGGCGGCUCCGCGGAGGGUAGGUGGCCGUUUAAGAUUUCGACCGUCUGCCCUGCAUUUUGUCGUUCGGAAAAAGGAAUGCCUCUGGUGAUGAUCGAGAAUCAGCUGAGGAGAAAAAUCAAGGCAUGAAGUAACAUAACAUACGCAGACCCUUCCGUCUUUCCUCCUCUAG